AUGCGCUUCACCGCCACGCUCACGACUCUCACCUUUCUGGCCAUGGGUGCCAGAGCAGAGGUCCACGGUGCGAGCGCCGAGGGUACCGUAAUGGGCCCUGUUGCGUUCCUCUGGCCCGAUGACAGGCCUUGGAGUGCUUCGCACGACAACACCGGUCCAUGUGGCUCUGCUGAUGGUGUUACGAACCGGACAGAAUUUCCCCUCAGCCAGGGCCAGGUAGCCUUGUCGAUUGCAGAUGAUGCCUACAAGGUGGCCUUCUACAUCGCCUUUGACAACGAGCCCACCACCCAGAGCGAGUUCACGGAGCAGAUCGUCCAGAACAUCACCGAGGUCGAGCCGGGCCACCAGUGCUACAAGAUCGCCUCCCUCCCCAGCUCCGCCUCCGCAGGCACCAACGCCACCAUCCAGCUUGCGUACUGGGCUGACGACGAGGGCGAGAACGGCGGCAAAAACGAGACGUUCUAUGCCUGCGCCGAUGUCACCCUCGUCGAGGCGGCCGACUUCACAGCCCAGGUCCCCUGCUUCAACGUGACAGCCGCCGACUUCGACUCGGGCGACGCCACCGCCACCGAGACCGUGGCCGCCGCGACCGUGACGCCCACGUCCGCAUCCUCGUCUUCUGGCUCUGGCGGCGGCCUGAGCAAGGGCGCCAUCGCCGGCAUCGCCGUGGGCACCAUCGUCGGGUCCCUGGCCGUCGUCGGCGCGUUCGCCUUUAUGCUGCUCAAGAGGAGGAGGUCUUCUUCUGCUGCCGCGGCUGCCGCGGCUGCCGAGUCUGGGGUGCAGGCGGGCCCGAUGAAGCAGAGGGAGGGCGAUGUCGCUAGUGUGUCUACUGGGCAUUGA